UGAAUGUAUAUAUUCGUUAUCUGGGAAACACCACAUGUUCCAAUGAUGGUAAUGUUCAAUAAGACGGAGUCAGGCCCGUCAGUUGUAUGCUAGAUAUCGAAUGAGAUUUAUAUUGAUACUUAAAUAAAAUUCUAAAAAUCCAACGUAGUAAUUAUUCUGGAAGAUAUUACAUUGGCGACGAGGAUAAAAGUCGAUUAGUGAGUUCAAGAUGUCUGAUAAGCUUGGUGCAUUACGUGAAUAUGAUAUUCAUAGUGAUUGGACAAUUUAUAAUCGCCGUUUGGAGAGUUAUUUCAAAGCGAAUGGUAUUGAAGAUAAUGAAAAGAAACGGGCGAUUCUCCUGAAUUCGCUGAAUGAAGAGGCCUACAAACUGAUGUAUAAUUUAUGCAUGCCAGUCGUUCCAGAAAAUAAGCAAUAUAAUGAGUUAACGUCCAUAUUUGAUGAGCAUUUUAAGAGCUCUUUGUCACCGUUUGCAGCUCGCUAUAAAUUUUAUAAUUCAGUAAUGGAUGCCCACGAGACAGUAGCUAACUGGGCUGCUAGAGUAAGAAGUUUGGCCGGACAAUGUGAAUUUGGCAGCACUGUUUAUGACUGGGUUCUACGAGAUCGUUUUAUAAUUGGUUUCGAAAAAGGACCCAUUCAAGAUAGAUUAUUCGAAGAGAAAAUUACAUGCAGUUUCAGUGACGUCAUCACCAUUGCAUCCAGCAAAAUGGCGGCCCAGAAAAAUUCAUAUAUGGAGGAAGUUAAGAUUGAACCAGGCUUACACCAUAUUUCUCAGAACCCAAGAACGCCAUCAACAGCGCAGAAUCGCAGUGUGAUGAGUGAUAGUGGUGCAUCAGGAAGUGGCGUCCAGAAUCGGCGGAAAAAGUGUACAGUUUGCGGUCGACGCAACCAUUUCACCAGUGAUUGUAGGUUUAAGGAUUAUACAUGUAAUGUAUGUAAUGAAGUAGGUCAUUUAGCGAGAUUAUGUCCCAAUAGGGAACAUCAAAGAAAUGGUCCAAAAAGAUUUCAGAAUUUUAUAGAAGUCAAAGAUGAUUUUUUUAAUUUGACAGAUACAAAAUCAAUCAACCAAUUCAAUGAACCUUUUUUCGUUCAUGUUUAUAUUGAUGAAUUCAAACAUAGGUUUCAACUGGAUUCGGGAGCAAGUGUGUCUGCAGUUUCAUAUUCUUUUUGGUUAGAUAACUUGCGUAAAUAUUCAUUGAGCAAAGCUGAACGUAGCUUGUAAGUUUCCUCUUCCACUUGUUGACGAUAUUCUGGCCGAACUAGGAGGAUCAGUAAUUUUUUCUAAAAUAGAUUUAUCACAUGCAUACAAUCAGGUUGAAUUAGAGGAGGAAUCGCAAGAGUUAGUUACAAUAAGUACUCAUAAAGGUCUCUUUCGUUAUUUGCGAUUACCUUUCGGAGUAGCUCCGGCGUGUGCUAAGUUUCAGAAAUUGAUGACAGUGCUUUUUAGCGGUAUACCAGGUGUAAAAGUUUUUGUUGACGAUUUACUGAUAAGCGGAAAGAAUCAAGCUGAACAUGAUGAGCGUUUAUUUCGAGUCCUAAAUAUUAUGGAAAAUUCCGGAUUGAAAGUGUCUAUAGAGAAAUGUUCAUUUAAUGAAAGGGUAGUUCAAUAUCUGGGGUACACAAUUAGUGAGGAUGGUAUUCAUGCGAAUGAUGAAAAGAUUCAGGCUAUAAAAGAAGCACCAAUUCCUAAAUCAGUAACAGAAUUGAAAUCGAUUUUAGGCAUAAUAAACUAUUACGGAAAAUUUGUUCCAAAUUUGGCAACUAUUUUGAGUCCGUUACAUGAUCUUCUAAAAAAAAAUUCUAAAUUCAUGUGGAAUAGAAAAUGCGAUGAAGCAUUCUGUAUAGUUAAAAAAAUAUUAAUGUCAAAUAAAGUUCUAUCACAUUUUGAUGUAAAGUUGCCAAUUAAACUAACAACUGAUGCUAGCCCAGUUGGUUUAGGAGCUAUGAUUUCACAGGUUGAUAAUACGGGUGAAGAACGGGUCAUUUCUUAUGCAUCACGCACUUUAUCAUCUGCUGAAAGAAACUACAGCCAGAUUGAACGGGAAGGAUUAGCGAUUAUUUUUGGUAUAAGUAAAUUUAACCAAUAUUUGUUUGGAAGGAAGUUCACUUUAGUGACAGACAAUAAACCAUUAAUGUCCAUUUUCAAUCCGGCAAAGGGAAUCCCUCAAUUUUCCGCAAAUAGACUGAGGAGGUGGGCUGUUUUCCUAUCGAACUAUCAGUAUGAUGUUGAGUUCAUUAAAUCCGAGAGAAAUGUUGCUGAUUUUCUAUCCCGGUUACCAAUUAAUUAUUCAGAGCCUAUUGAUAAUGUUGAUGUGAAUUAUUUAAAUUAUUUUCAGAAUAGUGAUGUGAACAUGAAUUUUGAGUUAAUUAAACUGAAAACACGAUUUGAUCCACAAUUGUCUAAAAUCGCAAACUUUGUUAAAAAUGGUUGGCCUAAAUUCGCAAAGAAAAAUGAUGAGUACAAAAGAUUUUUUAUGAUCAGAAACCAAUUGACUCUAGAAGACGGUGUUUUGCUAUGGAAUAACCGAAUCAUUAUUCCUCUUUCCUUGCGGAAAUCUAUGUUGGUUCAAUUGCAUUCUACUCAUUUAGGUGUAGUAAAAAUGAAGAAUAUGGCUAGAUCUCAUUUUUUUUGGCCUGGUAUCAAUGAUGACAUAGAAAAAUUGUCGGCUAGUUGUGAUAGUUGUGCAAUGAAUAAAACGAAUCCUCCAGAAAAUAUACUUAGACCUUGGCCAUGGCCAGAGGAGGUUUUUUCGAGGGUACAUAUUGAUUAU